AUGUCCGGGUACGGUAGAAGACCAUAUAUUUCGUCGCAGAAACGAUCUAGAGGUUAUGGCUUUUCAAAAAGCGACUACCACGGAGACUACUAUGGAGACAAUCGACGCUAUAACCGGUCAUUGAACUCUGGAGCAGCUACAAGCAGAUACGAACACAAUAUGACCAACACAUAUCAUGAUAAAUAUGGCUCUUUACCGGAUUACAAAGAGAAGUCUCGCGGGAAUUAUCGGCCUGAAUCGCUUCAGAGGCCGCUGCCUCGACUUCGCUACAAUGUGGAAUCAUUUCGAGAAAAAUACCACUAUUUUGAUCCAGUUGCGAAGAGAUUACUGCACAAAGAGGAAAUGCAUUCCUGGGCAUCAGAUAAACUUCCUGCAACAGGGUAUGUCAUAAUGCAAGAAGACGUAGGCGGAAAGCGGCGUCCAGUCAUGAAACAAAGGCAUCCGGAACAACGCGCUGCCGAUCCUAGAUCUACGGGAGGCGUUAAUUUUACUGCAAGUCAUCGAAAAUUGAGGCGCGGAUUUGCACCGUUAGCGAGGAUUGCUUAUGACAAAAACUCGGUGGGCCCCCCUGCCCCGAACGAAAUUGUCGUGUACCCUGUAAUGUGCGAGCCAACAGCUGCAUUGCAAGAUGUCAUCAUCAAAAACUAUUUCACCACUUUUGGCGAAAUUUCUCAUUUUGAGAGCUUCAACGACCCCAACAGCGCUCUUCCUUUAUAUGUAUACCUAAUCAGGUUUACAGGGCCCCAUGGAAAUCUGGACGCGCCCUCAAGAUCUGCAUACAAAGCUGCAAAAGCCCAUGAAGAGCGCAACUAUUUCGUUGCAGGCUUUAAGUUCGCCGUGGCUUUGAACAAAGGUGACUGCCUUAAACAAGCCAAAGACCGAAUAAUUAAAAAAAAUGCAAAGCAAGCCGAAAAGGUUUUAGUCGAGCUUGAAAAGCAGAAGCAAGCUGCCGCGCCCGCAACGGCUCCUGACAAAAGGGUUCCAAGAGAUUUAGAAAUGGCUGUUAACGGAAGACCUUGCCUUUGCGUUUCCAAGAAAUUCAUUUCUAUUCAUGGAGUAACCUCAGAAGAUCUCAAAAUUAAGCUCGCAAAAUACAAAUUUUCUCGAGUGUUGGCGCAUCCCUCCGGGAUAUAUAUUGUUUUCAAUGAUAAAGCCGAUGCGAACGCUUGUCAAGUUAUGGAACAUGAUCGACUGUCAUUUAUAUCUAAGCGGAGAAGAAAGCCGGUCAAAAUACGAUUUCAGCUCAUAAUUCCUCCAAAACCGCAAGCCAGGCGAGAAAACAAGGUGAAGUCAAGAAAAGUUUAUGAGUCGCAGGAUGAACUCAUUCAAACUGCAACUGCAAUGAUUUUAGAAGAGUUGAAGGUUGCAGUAGAACGUGACAUUCGAAGACGUCUGAUUGGACCUGGUGUUUUUGAUACGCUAAAUCCGCAUAAUUUCCCUGACGUCCUAGCGAGACGGGAGAAUGAGCAAAAAGAGAAGCGUAAGUCUGCCAAAGCGGCCGCUGAUGAGAUGAAAUCAAAAAAAGAGACAAAUAUGAACAAAUUUGACAUCUUUAACUUAUACGGAGCACGUUUGAAGGGCAACAGAAAGCCCAGACUUACGAAAUUGGGGUCCAUCUCGUCUAAGCUGUCCUCACGAGACAACGAAGAUGGAUCUGAAAAAGAUUCUGGUCUUUCUAAGCCAACUGCGCAUAUGCUAAAUGAAGAAGAAAAUGGCUCCAGCCUGCAGGCCACUCCAAAACCCGAGUCCACGUCGGAAGAUGAAUCAUUAAGCGAGGUGGAAAGAGAGGAGAGUCCUAUAUUCAAUGAUACCUUCGAUGAGCAUCACGAUAAGAAGCAAAAAAUUGAUACUUCAGCAGCAACUACUCCAGAGUCGGACACGAAGGAGCUCGUCUUAACCGAACCGCGACACGAAGAAUAUGCUAGAAUUUCAGAUAAGUUCAAGCCUCGCAUUUCGCAUAAACCAUUACCCGUAUACCCCGAAAGAUACUUUGAUAUUGAUGGGCAUACGCUACUUUCACUUUUAGAUUUCCAACAAGCAAUUGAAGACGAGGAAGAUAUGGAACUUCUUACAGAGAUUGUUAAUGAAGACAAAAAUGAGCUAGAAGCUCGUUCGGCAGUAACGAACAUAGAAUAUUUGGUUUGGAAAUUGAGAAAUAUGGCUUUGAGGCAAAAGAAAGUCGUAACAGCACAAAAGGCUAUUUGUGAUAGCUGCCUCGAUAUACCAUUAGUAGGCAAAAGCAUUAGCUUCACAGCGCAAGGAUUCAAAAAAAUUCCAGAUGAGCAAAAGACCUUGUAUUUACCUCACAGAAGAAGGCUUCAUCAGCCGCUCAACACAGUUCAUCAUCACAACGACGUCACGGAGAGCACCACGGACGUCAGCAAAACCGUAAUUGAAAAUCCGGAAACGGAAAAUAUGCCGGAAAUUUCUUCAUCGCGUGUGAAUCGUGCUAUGAAUAGGAGAUUCCAACAGGAUAUCGAGGCCCAAAAGGCCAUUAUUGGAUCUGAAUCCGAACUGCUGACCUUGAAUCAAUUGACGAAGCGUAAAAAGCCAGUGACUUUUGCUCGGUCGGCUAUACACAACUGGGGAUUAUAUGCCUUAGAACCGAUCGCCGCGAAGGAAAUGAUUAUCGAAUAUGUGGGAGAAAUUCUAAGACAACCAGUAUCAGAGAUGAGAGAAGAAAGGUAUUUGAGAAAUGGUAUAGGAUCCAGUUAUCUCUUCAGAGUUGAUGAAUCAACAGUCAUCGAUGCAACUAAAAAAGGUGGAAUUGCUAGGUUUAUCAAUCAUUGCUGUGAGCCUAGCUGUACUGCAAGAAUUAUACGGGUUGGAGGAAGGAAAAGAAUUGUAAUUUAUGCACUAAGAGAUAUCGCUGCAAAUGAAGAGCUUACUUACGAUUAUAAGUUCGAAAGAGAAGCCGACGACAAGGAAAGACUACGCUGUCUCUGUGGUGCUCCAAGUUGCAAAGGCUACCUAAACUGA